AUGAGUAUGGACGCUGGCGGUCUUGCUCAAAUGACGUACAACAAUUCUUUCAAUAAUGGCAGUUCCCUCGGGGUUCCUGGCUCUGGCUUUGCUUCCCGGGGAAAAGGCUCACACAUCAAGCGCUUGAGUGUUCCUCCUCAGGUCGCGACCAUUGAUGAGUCUCAGGCAUCCACCUCGGUCGCCACCCCACGUACAAGCCGGUCGCAUCUUCUCGCUGGUCUUCGCACGGCACCCCGAUCUGCAACAAUUCCCUCUCAACAGCAACGCACCGCUAUGGACAGUCUUCGAAUGCCGACCCACCGCGAGUCCGACCGUGUUCCUCAAACCGCUACGGGAGCUGGAUUCCCGCAGCACACCUACGCUUCGCAUAAUGGAUCGCAUUCGCAGCAGUACCAGCACCAGCACCAGCACCAGCACCAACAUCAUCAGCAUCAGCAUCAGCAUCAGAACCAGCACCAAAACCAGCAUCAGCAUCAGCAUCAGCAUCAACAUCAACAUCAACAUCAGAGGCAGCAACGUCAGCCUCAGCAUCGGAAUCAGAACCAGAGCCAAAACCCGAACCGCCCCGUGUAUACUAUGCCGGAACAAGUGCUUGCACCCCCAAUGCUUGACAUUGGUGGCGGUGAGGUGAUGGAUGAGAACCUUUACGCGGAGCUGAUGUCAACCAACCUGUUCCUUGCGGCACAGCAGCAGCGUCUUCAGCAACAGCUGAUCAGCGUCACAGCUGCAGCCCAGCAAUUCCAGGGUCUCAACCUGGGAAUGUCUCCUCAGCAACAGCAAUUGUCACAACAAAUGUCGCAGCAGAUGUCUCAGCUUCAGAUGGCGAGUAUGGGACUUUACCAGCAGCAACUUCAGCAAGGUGUUCAGCCAGUCGUGCAACCAGUUCCUGGUCAGCCUGGCCUGUACUCUGUCUUCAAUCCACUUACUGGUCAGCAAAGCUACCUUAUGGACAACGGCUCUCAGGAUGAUGGCUUGGCAGCCUACGGAGGAAACCAGUCUAUCGACACACAGGUGCCUCAAUUCCGUGCUGAGAUUUCCCCGCCUGCAGAUUCCGCUCCGUCGCAGAAUUACUUCUCCCAGCCAGUCUCUCCUCCAAGUGGUUCUCCUUCCCCACCCACUGAUUCAUCUGCGAGCGCUUUCCGUCGCAACCACCGCAAGACUCCAUCGUUCAACCCAGCUCUGAGAACCAACAUUGAUACAAGCAAAGCAAAUGCAGGAGCCGGUCCUCGAUCCGCUGUCUUCCCUCCUACCCCCGCCACUGGAACUUUCGGCCCUGGCCAGGCGCGUGCUGGAGAACACCCAAUCCGUCAGCCUCGUGGCCCUCCCUCGCUUGAGGAUCUUGUGGCCAAGCCGACUUCUAAGCAUGAGGGAAGCCAGAACUUUGCUACCCGCCAGCGACGUCGGGCAGUCCACAACCUGGUUCGUGCUGGAAUUGAGCGCCGUGGUGAUACUCGCAGCUUUGGCUACAACAGUAGCGGUGGCACCAACACUCCUGCCAGUGAGAAGGAGUUCACUUUCUCGGACGGUGACGAUGCAACUGUGCGUAGCGGCAGUCUCUCUAGCAAGCCUAGUCUAGGCAGCCUUCGUGCGGCUGCCAAUGGCGCCAUCGGCUCUGAGCGCAAGGAGAAGACCGGUCGCAAAUCGCUACCUGAGAGCCCCUUCACCAGUGUCUCCCCGACAAGCGAGGAUGGAUAUUUCUCAGCCAAGUUUGCCGAGGUUCGCGCUGAACAAGUCUCCUCUGGUGAAUCUUCUCCUUCUGUGGCGGCUGUUGUUGCUGGCCAGGCGCAGGAUGCCCAAGCUCCUGAGCGCCGCAAGACUCCAAUGCUUGUUUUGUCCAGUGCUGAAAAGCGCAAGACUCCCCUCAUGUAA